UGCCUCUCCACAAGCCUCUCCUGUGCAGUUAAAUGUGUCCCUGUCUUCAUCGACUGACUCCACUGACUCACAGGAUACAGUAAUUAUUGAAGAAAGCUCUUCCAGUAAAAGAAUUAGAUUAGAUGAUGAAGCUAAAAAGUUGGUGGAAUCCAUUCUUGUCCACAAACCUGGUGGGGAGCAUAUAAUAAAUGAAUACAACCGAUUUAAGACUUUGGGCGAUGAAACGAGGAGGAAAAUGGUGAACAUCCUGGCAGCUGACAUGACAGAAAAGAAUGGGUAAUCUGCAUAUCUUUAACUGUACAUCACCACCAAGGCAGGUUAAAGAAAAAUAUGCCAGAGGAAUUGUGUCUUUGUUCCCUUACCUCAGUGACCCCUUGUCCAAAAAAGGCUACGAGCAUUACUAUGAUGGUGAGAGUGGCACUGGGUACUUGGCAUGGAGAAUCAAAACUAUACAAAGAGGCCUGGCUAAAGAACGAAGAGCAUCAUUUGAUGGUACAGAAUGAAAUUCGGAAAUCACCUUUUUUACCAUUUUUUUCAUAGCUCAUUGUGCCAUCUAUCACAGUUUUGAAGUUUUGUUGCUAUUGAGUUGCCAUAACUUCAAGAAAAACAUGAUUCAGUAGUGCAAAAAACUUCCAACCACCAGUGAUGUUGGAGAACUCCUGCUAGCAGCUGAAUCUCCGUCUGAUGACUCGGAAGAUUGCGUUAAUUUUGGUAAGAUGUUUAAAAUAAUUUAAUACUUAGGUAAUUUUUGUAAUAUUCAUUUAAAAUACUACCUGGCCAAAAAAAGUCGCUGUUUGGAUUUAAAUAGUCAAAUGCUUAAGAGUAUGAUUGGAUCAUCAUUGCAGUGAUUAUUUUUCUGUCGUGUUAUAUGUUUGGGAACAGUUAUUUUAAACGCAUCUGCUGUUGCACAACUAAAUGUUGCUGGAUUAAGUCAAUCUGCUAUAAAUGGUUUUGUUUCAUCUAUGGAGGAAAUGGUUUCUGAGAUUCAUAGUCAGGCCCAGGAUGCAGCCUUGCUCUGCCUGCCUUCACAGGACAACGCUACUAAAAGAAAGCUAGAACAUUCAUUUCAAAACUUGGAAAAUCCAUUUACUUUGUUAAAUUCUGAAGCCAAGCGAAAGAGACUCUUUAUGGAAAAGUGGGGAAUUAUUGAACCAAGUGAAAUCGUGCUUGGCACAAGAUUUGACAGCAGGAGAAAUAAAACUACAGGAAUAUUUGAUCAGGUUGUUGUAACUGAUGAAUUUGCUUAUAUUCCCAUUUUUGAAACACUAAAGGCAAUUUUACAAAAUCCGCAACUUACUGAUUUGUUUAAACCCAGGCAUGUUCCAAAAGAAGGCAUUUAUGUUGACUUAAGUGAUGCAGCAUAUUUUAAAAGUAAUACUUUAUUUUCUACAGAAAAGGAUGCCUUACAAAUUCAGUCAUUUUAUGAUGAUUUUGAGACCGCUAAUCCUUUGGGAUCCAAAAGGGGCAUACACAAAUUGGGUGCUAUCUAUUUUACAUUAAGAAAUUUCCCCCCAGUUUUUAACUCCUCAUUGUUGAAUAUUCAUUUAUGUGCCCUCUUUCAUGCACAGGAUAUUAGGCGCUAUGGUUUUAAUUCUAUACUUGAGCCUUUAGUUAAUGAUUUUAAAGUACUUGAGAUUGAGGGGGUUAAGAAUCCAGUAACUGGAAGUUGUAUCAGGGGUACUAUUGUUCAAGUCACUGGAGAUAAUCUGGGCUUGCACGGCUUGUUUGGGUUUCUCGAGUCAUUUGGGGCUCGAUAUUGCUGUCGUUUCUGUCUUCUUGAGAAAGAUCGCUUUCAGUCUGUGUUCUGUGAAGAUAAUCCUGAGUUUGUACUAAGAACAUCUGAGAUGCAUGCUCUGCACUGUGAAACUUUACAAACUAAUUCUACACUACCCCAUGUUUAUGCUGUCAAACGGACAUGUUUGUUAAAUUCACUCAAGUAUUUCAACACAGCCAACAAUUUUUCAGUGGAUAUAAUGCACGGCAUUCUAGAAGGAGUUGUUCAGCUAGAGGUAAAACUUGUUCUGCAGUACAUUCAGUCUAAUUUUCUGAGCACUGAUGAUAUUGCUGGUAGAGUACAUGCUUUUGACUAUGGUUACAAUCAGCAGAAGAACCGUCCUCCAGUGGUCAAAUUGUUUGAUGGAAGCAACGAUUUGUGUUUAAAUGCAAUCCAAUCUUGGUGCUUGUUGCGCAAUAUGCCCCUAUUAUUUGGUGAUUUAGUCCAAAGAGAUGAUAAACACUGGCAUCUCUUGCUUUUACUUUUGCAAAUUGUCAACAUUGUAUUUUCACCAGUCCUAACAGAAGGCAUGACCAUUUAUCUUAAUUUUUUAAUAAUUGAACAUUCAAAAAAAUUUUUCCUGAAAGAAAUCUUUUGCCAAAGCAUCAUAUAAUGAUACAUUACCCACAGUGUAUAAGAAAAAUUGGACCAAUUCUUCACACGUGGUGCAUGCGUUAUGAAGCUAAACACAAAUUUUUUAAAACGCAAUUAAAAAGUUUAAAAAACAUCACCAAAACACUAGCCAAAAAGCACCAAUUUUGUAUUGCGACGUACUGGGAGUCUUUUAGCCAGUACAGAUUGUCUCUUGGCCCAGGAAAAAUGGUAGAACUCUCUGAACUUAAAUGUGGCCAAGAGAUCGCUUCCAAACUAGGAGUGGGAAUGUCAGAAACUGUCUAUUCUGUAAAGUGGAUCAAACACCACGGCACCGAGUAUCGCCCUGACUUUAUUAUCUGUACAGAAGUAGCAUGUGAGAUGCCAGUGUUUUGUAAGAUCAAGACUAUUGCUGUGAAAGACGAAAAUGUGUUGUUGUGUGGAACACUGAUGGAAACUGAUGACCAUUACCAUGUAUUUACAGUCAGACUGCAUCCAGACCGAGUUUUUAAGGUAGUGAAUAUUAAUGAGCUGUGUUCUUUCAAACCAUUUGAUCUCCAGAUGAAAUAUGGUACAACAGAUUCUGUACUGCAUGUAGUUCCGUAUUGCCAUUUAAUGCAGAUGUGAUGUAUUUUUGUUAAUGUAUGAGUUUUUCCUGAGCCUGAAUGUUC